GUGAUGAAAACUGUGUGUAGGAAGACAAAGAGAUAAGGAGCCCAGGAGGGUGCGGUCAGGCCCUUGCGGGUGCUAGGUCCCUGGGCAGGAAAAUCUAGUCCUUGCCGACUGGAACCUUGUGUGUCCGGAUCUCGCUUCCCGGGCUGCAGGAAGGAAGCAUUUAAAUGUGGGACCGCCAGAAGCGCUUGUAAACAGAGAGCCGGGCCGGGAUGGUCGGUGGCCAAGCCGGCUUGUCACCGUGAGGAAGGCGGGCGGGCUGCCGAAGCCAAGCCCCAGCCAGGAGUAGGCUGCGGGCCACGCAGGUGAAGAGAGAGAAGCGGCCGGCGGCUGGGUGAGCAUCUGCCGGCUUCUGUGCUGUCUGGCUGGCCAUUGGGGGAAGGGUGUGGGGAUGACAGCAUUGUAAAUAUCCGAGACGCUCCCCGGGGUAGCGGUGAUUUUGCUGUUUCUUCCAUGCUUUGGUUUUUAUUUCAUCCUGGAAACUGCUGGAAACUGCACAACAGUGCAAUGCAUAUCAGAAAAUCGAAGAUGGCCGUGGCAUUGCUUUGACAAGCACUUCCUGUUGUCUUUACAGAGGACUCACUGAAGAAUAAUCUCAAAGGAAUGUCUGUGUCCCAUUACCUUUGCCGAUGACUGUUACCAUCUAGCAAAUGCUUUUAAUGUCCCAGAAAACAUCAGCCACCCUAGUGCUUGGCCUGCUCUGAGCAGCCGAAUGAAAGUUCCUUCCAGUUAUUUCCAGAACUCUGUUGCCCAAAGCACUUCUCUUCCUUGGGUGAAUGUUCAUGAAGCCCUUUCCUGAACCAGCGUAGGAGGCUUAGGCCUCUUGGAGCCCGUGACAUGGAAGCUUUGGAAGUGGAUGAUAUCAGCCCGGCCUUGGAAGUUACUGAGGAAUUCUUUAGCACUUUCGACAGUAAGCUAGAAAAGGCUGUGCAGCACGCGGAGGUUUAUGGGAUUCAGGAGGUCCCGGAACUGGUGGGGCAUGAGGUACUCGGUAACAUAGACAAUGGUGCUAUCAGAAAUGUCUCCUCCCUAGGAAGGGGGGCUGUGAUUUGGGACCACUGCAAGAGCAGGCUCUUAGAAACCAAAGCUCAAAAUGUCUUCCCUGCCAAAGAACAGUUUACAGUCCAGAAAGGGACAACCCCAGAUAAUCUGUCCUGGAUGGAACAAAAGGAAGCUUCAACCUUUAAUUUCUUCAACAUCUGUCAGCGUCGAAAGGACAGGCCUCGUUCUGUGAAUGACUUGUUGGAUGAGACCUCAACCUUUAAGCCUGGGCAUGCUCGAUCAAGGUCAGAUAUUACCCAGGUGGACUGGAGGGUGGGCCUCAAAACCACACCUCUGCAGCAGCAGCAGCAGCAACAACCAUCCCUUCUGGGCUCUCACUUCACGAGGCCAUCUUUUCUGUUGCCCUCAUCAAACAAGGUAGAAGAUGCUCAAGGAAACACAGAACACAAGCAGGCAUUCCCAAACAUUCUGAAGAAGGGGUACCUGGAGAUUCGGAAAAACCAUGACAGUUACUGGCAAAGCUGUUACGCAGAACUCUCACCCUACAACCUGUACUUCUACAGCCUCGACAGCAGUGGGAAUCAGAACCUCUAUGCCACGUACCAGCUGUCACACUUCCAGAGCAUAUCUGUUCUGGGCAACCUUGAGGCCAGGCUGGUGGAUACCGUUCUGUAUGACAACACUCAGCUGCAGCUAAAGGCCGAGUCGCCGUGGGAGGCGCUGGACUGGGGGCAGAAGCUUUGGGAGGGUGUGCACGCUGCCGUGCCUGCUUACCUGGGGCGGCCGGACGAGCUGGCCAACUCCCCGGGGCUCGGGCAUCAUGUCGACUGCGCACAGAAUCACUGUUUACAGAAGAAGUCCAGCCAGCUGCUCAUGCCAUCCCCUGUCCUGGAUGGCCCCAAACAGUACCAAAACAUCCUCAAAUCAGGGACGCUCUACAGGCUGACUGUCCAGAACAACUGGAAGGCAUUUACGUUCGUGCUGAGCAGGUCCUACCUGAUGGCCUUUCAGCCGGGCAAGCUGGAUGAGGAUCCCCUGCUGAGCUACAACGUGGACGUGUGUCUGGCCGUCCAGUUGGACAACCUGGACGACUGCGACUCUUGUUUUCAGGUCAUUUUCCCCCAAGAUGUCCUCCGUCUCCGUGCCGAGACCCGGCAGAGGGCUCAGGAGUGGAUGGAGGCCCUGAAGACAGCUGCCAAUGCGGCAAGGAGUUCGGAACAGAACCCGCAAGUCACGCUGAGGAGCAAACCCAAGGAUCAGAUGGGGGGGCAUGAACUCAGGAAGAACAAACGCCAAUCUGUGACCACCAGCUUCCUCAGCAUCCUGACGACUUUGUCUUUGGAACGAGGACUCACUGCUCAGAGCUUCAAAUGCGCAGGAUGCCAGCGAUCCAUAGGUCUUUCCUACGGGAAGGCCAAGGUGUGCAAUUACAGCGGCUGGUAUUACUGCAGCAGCUGCCAUGUGGACGACAGUUUUCUCAUCCCGGCACGCAUAGUCCACAACUGGGAUACUUCAAAGUAUAAGGUGUCUAAGCAGGCCAAAGAGUUUCUGGAAUACGUGUUCGAGGAGCCCCUGAUCGACAUCCAGCAGGAGAACCCCAUGCUGUAUGGACAUGCUGAGCCGCUGGCCACUGUGGUGCGGCUGCGGCAACGGCUGAAAUCGCUGCGAGCCUAUUUGUUCAGCUGCCGGGCGGCGGUGGCCGAGGAUCUGCGCCGCAGAAUUUUUCCCAGAGAAUACCUCCUUCAGCAGAUCCACUUAUAUUCCCUUGCCGAUCUACAGCAGGUGAUAGAGGGAAAGCUGGCUCCAUUCUUGGGCAAGAUCAUUAAAUUUGCCACCUCACACGUGUACAGCUGCAGUCUUUGUAGCCAGAAGGGGUUCAUCUGUGAAAUCUGUAACAAUGGAGAGAUCCUCUACCCUUUUGAGGAUAUUUCAACAAGCAGGUGUGAGAGCUGCGGGGCCGUUUUCCACUCUGAAUGCAAAGAAAAGUCUGUCCCCUGCCCGAGGUGUGUCCGCCGAGAGCUGCAGAAGAAGCAGAAGUCUUUCUGGCGGAGGCUGAACAUGGACGAGAGCCUGGAGGAGGCUUGCAACAUGUUCGAGCUGUCCUACCAGAACACCUGACUCGGCCGGAGCCCGAGGCCCAGGAUUGACCUCUCAGCCAUCCAUCAGCCCCAGUGGCUUCCUAACUAGCCAGUUAGAUCCCUCCCGAGGACGAGUACGCCCCGUCUUCAGCUAGCUAUACAAGUAUAUUUAUAUAAGUACACAUACCUACACGUCCUGUAUGUAUGUCCUGUAUUCAUCAUUGUCCAAAAGGUCCAUGGAGCUUUGUGGCUCAAAAAAAUUAGUAAUAGCUGAAUUACACUUAGCCAUGAAUUUCAGCUGCUUGCUCCCGAGCAAAACGUGGUUUACACACGAGGCUUUAGAGUUUGUUUUGUUUUGCUUUGUUUUUUGGCUCUCAGGGGCCAUUGAUUACACAGGGCCCAGGAGAAAGCAUUUCCUACAGAAAACAGUGCUUUGUGUUAUUUUUGUGUUAUUUAUUUUUAGCCUUUACAGAGGAUGAGGAACUGAGGCGAGCACCCAUCAUCAUUUGUCAUAAGAAAAUCUUCAAAAUACAGCAAUGACUCCUGGAUGCGUCCAGGCCCCAGUGUCCCUGGCUCUCACGUGCUCCGUGUCUUUGCAGAGGCCAGGGUCACCUCAUCAGGAGGGUGCGCGCCCUCUGACAGAAUACAUGUGUUCCUAAUUUAUUAGGGGAGCUAGUUCUGGCUUUAAAGGGGUUUUUCUUGAGAAGAGACCUCAGUGACCAAUAACUGCAUGUUGUCUGUCUGUCUGCUGGUACGAAUCCCAACACCCACCCAGUGCUGUGACGCUCCCCCAGAUUGGCCAGGUGGGAAAGAAACGCGGCUCUCUUAAGAGCCAUCUUCCAGGAGUUUCGUGGGUGACAGUUACAGAUUUUGUAACGGUGCUGGCCUGAGGAAAUUGCCCAGGGUUGCUGGUAAAUACAUCAGCCUGUAGACCAGGGGAGGAAGGGGAUGUCCCGAGUGCGUCCAUUCCAAGAGACAGUCUGCAGUUUCUUUUCACGGCAUCCUGUGUGGGCGAUUCCCACCUAUUCGUUAUAAAUGCUUUGUCAUUGUUCUUCAUUGCCCUUUCAUCCUGACCUUUAAUUUGUCAACGUAACCACGUCUGCCCUCAUCUUUUUCAUUGUUUUGGAAAAUCAGAGGAACGCCAAACUUCAAAAUAGCAACUUUAGACUCUUAAAAUACCAAACUUACAAAUGUAGUUAAUAAAUUAAAUCUAAUACUAUUUAGAUAAAUAUAUGAACACAUAUGUAAUGCCACCUUAAAGUGAAACAAAAAAUGGUGAAAAAAAAAGAAAGAAAUUUUGUAGGAAUAAGAAAUAGAAUGAAUUGCUUAGGCACUGGGCAGGGCAGUGCUUGUCCUCGGCAGCACCCGUUUAUGAGCCAGCAUAACUGUCACUGUGCUCAAAGUGGCAGGUAGGCUGGCACUGGAGAUUGUGGCUCCCAUUCCUUCCACCUUAACUCUUUGAGAACAGAAAAAUAAGCUUAUACUGAAACAAUUCUCCCUCGUCUGUAUGAGAAGAUUCUGUAUGCUGCCGCUGAGCAGAUGCCUUCAAUGCCUCCGUGGUUUCACUGCUGCUAAGACCUGGAGACUCGCUGGCUCACAAAAUCCAUGGCACAUUUAACCCCUUUGCCCCUUUCCCCCCGACACCUGGCUCCCUCUAGACCCCAACUUGUGAUGCUUCUGUCUGCUUAGAGACGGGACAUCUCAGACUCACUUCUGUGCAGACUGUGAGAUGUAAGCGUUUCACCUCCCAGCCGGUGCCGGUUCCUCUGGCCCCAGACCACACAGUUCAGCUUAAGAGCGCAGCACCACGCACACAUGUGUUUUCCGAUUGUACAGUAGCUGUCACCAGGACACAAAAACUUGUGAAAAGGCCGGGGCCCCCUUCAUGAGGUACCUUUUCCUCUUAGAAAAACAGGUUGACUUCUCCCCCAACACACACACACACACACACACGCACGCACGCACACUUACUUUAUAGAGACGGCAUACAAAAGAAAAAGGAUGGAAGAUCUCAAAUGAACACGUGGCAAACAGGCAAACACAUUUGAUCAUCUCCCCUUUCCUCCUUCGCCCUCCCCCCGCAAAAUACAGUAUUUAUAUUUUCCAGCCUCAGAGAAGAUAGCAGAACAUGAUCUUUCACGAGAGAAUUAUAGACCUGCUUAUUAUAAACCAGAUGUGCGCCCAUGGCAAAGUGCCUUUUCCCUCCACCCCCAGCUCCCUGUCACGGUAGCUCACCCCUGCCUGCUCGAGCACUGCUGCAUCUGUGAGUCGGACCUCAGCGAGGCUGUCCCCAGAACACGGCACCCGGAGACCCAAAGCGCAGGGCCGCCGCCUCCCCUUUGAGCAUGUUCGCCCCAUGGACAGAAUUUCCUGUCGCAUCUCACAGGCACCCAGGGUCAGAUCUGCCGAGAAUCAGGGUGACAUUCUGGGUCUGUUCUCAAGGCCUUUGCUUUCACCAGGCCCGUUUAGAGGCCCUGCCAAAUCCUGGCAGCCCCUGUGAACGUGUAAGAACUUUCCACCCACGUCAUUUUCGGCUUAUUUUCAAAAGGGGAAAAAAAUAAGUGUGCUCUCACCAUCAGCUCCCUAGAACUGGAACCAUAGCCCGGCCGCUUCUGUUUUCUCCACUCUUUGUAAAACCCCGGCAGCCUGGUCGGUGCCAGCCACAGGCCUACCUGACAUGGAGCCACGGCCACCAAAAUCCAACAGGACAGAGCAGAGCCGGCUCAGGAGUUGGGUCUGCCGUGAAAAUUCAAAAUUGCUAUUUUCAGCCCAGAAUGCCUUAGCCCACAUGAACGCCCUUACUGUUUUCAGCCCCAGUGAAUGACUUCGUGCACAGUAGGUAAUUGUUCCACUGUUUAGAAACUGUCGAAACAAAAGCAAAGCUGUAGAUUCCCACCUCCUUAAGAUCAAGCUAAUACCUGCUUGCCUUCGUGGUCCGUUUUUCAUCCCAUGUUAAGUAUCUUGCACAUAAAGCACAUAAGAAAAUGGCCACAUCAUCUCCUAGAGCUGGCAGCCGACUCGGGAAACUCAUUUCUCUUGAAAGGCCCACUCCUUGGUGUAGCACUUGAGGAAAUCCCACCUCGCAGUGCCAGAAACUCAUGUGUGAGACCGUCCAGCCCUGGUGAACUGUUGGCAUCUCAGCCUGGAGGAAAGAAGCCAGUUCCUAAAAUAGACCUCAGUGUGCACCACGGCGGGAAGGCCACAAAGUACUUAAAAAGCAGGCCACUGGGAUGGGAGUCGUGUUCUUUCCAGGGUGGCUCUUUCUCCAAGGUGAAAUCUCUUUGUAUGAAAAGCAUGUAAACGCUCAUCUUCCCCCUUUGCUCCACUGCCUUUGCCUUUUCAGGGGACUGUGUUAUCGAUGUCUUUAUGUCUGGAGUGCUCAACUGUCGUCUUUGUAGGAGCUUGAAUAUUUGGGGGUUUUGUUACUGUUUUUUUUUAGGGUGGCACCUGCAGCAUAUGUAGGUUCUCCAGGCUGGGGGUCCAAUCGGAGCUGUAGCUGCCAGCCUACAGCACAGCCACAGCAACACGGGACCCGAGCUGCAUCUGAGACCUGCACCUCAGCUCCCUACAAGGCCGGAUCCUUAACCCACUGAGCAAGGCCAGGGAUCGAACCUGCAUCCUCAUGGAUACAAGCUGGGUUCAUUAGCACUGAGCCACAACUGGAACUCCUGGGAGCUUGAACAUUUGAUUAGCUGAGAAGGUCAUCGCUUUUUGAUUCUUCUAGACUAGACCCCCCACUGAAAAAGCUAUGGCUGGGACUUGGGAUUUGUGCUUUCCAGCCAACUUCCCCCAAGGGACUGUGCCGUGAUUUCCUGCAGGCCACAGUGAGGGCUGAGCUCUUUCCAUGGCUCUAGAUGCUGUAGGCAGCCCUCUCUAAGCUGCAGUGGAAUCCCCCUGCAAGGGGUCUAGCCUGUUUUUGUCUCAGCAUUUGUACACACUACACAUUGACACUGAAUCAUUUCUUCCCAGGCCUUCUCAGAAAGGCUUGGCUUCCAAACCUGUGGCUUUGUUCUCUACCCAUUGGCCAGAAAAGGCCAUACGUAAAUUAUUCUAUCAGGGUAGGAAUCGCGUGAUGUUGCACUGGACACUUUCUGGAAAGAGAUCUGAUGAAGCCGAGAUACACUCUGCUCCUGAUUUAGGGUUAAGCCAAUGCUGCUGUUCCUGUGUUUGGGCAGAAUUCUUCACCUCCACUGAUCGGCCGCACUUUAUUGAAAUAACUGCGUUGUGAAGUAAAUCUUCACCUCCUGAUUUAAUACUGCUUGGAGUCAACACAAAGGUGAUUUUAUUUUUUUACUUCUCCCAGGAAAGAGAGCUGCAUGCAAUUUCCCCCCCUUCUUUCAUUGUGUUUUGUUUUGUUUUGGCCCCUGGGCCAGGGAUGGAACCUGAGCCACAGCAAUAACCUGAGCCACAGCAUGGACGACGCCAAGUCCUUAACCACUAGGCCACCAGGGAACUCCUCCCCUGAUGUCUUGAGUUUUCUGUCCCACUACUUUUUUUCCCUCCAAGAUAAUGCAAAAGAGAAUUGGAGGCAAAACUGAAGGAAGUGAACACACUCUCCUUGGCAUGAAUUGAGUCAUUGGAAGCGCCGUUUUCCUUUCCUUGGUCCUUGCUAAGAACCAGGCAUUAACAGCACAGCUCCGGGUGUUGUGUACCCCGUACCGUCAGUCCAGUAGAACCAACUGCCCUACCUAAGUACCUGGACCCAGUGAUGGGUGAGCAAGCCCUGCUCGGUUUCUUUGAACAGACAAAUAUGAUUUCUGUCAUGUGGGACAGUGUUUUGACAGUGAAGUCCAGUACCUCAAGUCAUUGUCACCGACUUUAGAUAAAGUCCAAAAAAGUACGGAACACCCUCCUAGGCAUACCCACGGUUGUCAGGGGUUUUAUUUUAAACGGGUUCCAAGCAACCAUGUGACAGGGCACUUGCCUCCUACAGAGGCCUCCAAAGUGAUGGAAGGUGCCAUUACCCUCAAGGGAAGAGACAGUUGCUCUUUUGCUUUGUUUGGUUCCUCCCUGUGGAAAGAGAAGCCAUCUUGCUAGAAAGAUCUGGAGUCCGUUGUUACCCAGGUAGAAGACCUGGCUGCCUCAGCAGCUCUUAGCACAGGGAAGAGCCCCUCUUAGGCCCUAGAGCUGCAGACCAGCCUUUCUCCCCAUCCCCGAUUUUCCUUGCCCCAGGCCUGAGCCCUGGACCAGAUUCAAGCCUCAUGGCUGGUACACUGGCUGGUGGACCACUGGGGCCUGCGGCUCCUUCUCAUGUUGGCUGUCGCGUUCGUUUCUUUUCCCCGUAGGAGUGCCUUACAGUACUGCCUAGUGCUUCUAGUCUAGACUAUCUGACCCACUUGAAGCUUGCAGGACCCUUCGCCUGAACAUGGGUCACUUCGCUUCUUCUGUACUUGCUGCUCUUCAUACAGGCAUGCUUGGAGCCCGCAUAUUCCGCACGCAUGUCGACCUUCCACCUUCACGCAACCUGGUGCCUUAACCUCAUGAGUACAAGGAUGCCUGCUGGAAACACGUGGUCAAAGUAGACUACGGUGGGAACGCCGGCUUCCUGGUGCCAUUGACGCUUUUACCAGGAAAUACAAAAGAUACACCCGCAUCACGUUUCAACUCGGUCGUAUGCUGUUUUCCAGAUCACUUUUUUUGUUUGCUUGCUUGCUUUUCAUUAACCAAACUCAGGGGAAUGUCAUGAUGUCACCAAGGCCAAUGGGUAGAGAAAUUUGAACCGGUUAUUUAGAUUUGAAUCUGUAACGUCAGUGACCUUAGCCUGUUGCAGGUUAAAAAGUUACACAAACACAAGGAUUUUCUUUUCCUUUACCAUAUAAAGGGUUUUGGUAUUUUAUUUUAUUUGGCCACCUGAUUUCCAAAUGGGAAGUGGGAAGCCAGUUGGAUGAAUUAUAAUAGAAACAUUUCUGUGUGGCAUGGGCCGUCCACCAAGCUAUUACGUUAGGCUUUCACCACCGGAGACCCCGGUUCUGAUUUUAGUCGCCUAUCAGGAUUUUAUUGUGAAGAGUUAGUAGCCUCCCUUAGAAGAUUUAAGGGGGAAAAAAAAAAUCUGUCUUCUUUAAGGAACAGUAAAAGGAGGGAAAAUGCGUAGGUUGCAAAUGCAAAGUAUUGAAUGUGGGGUGUGGAAGGCUUCUGCACGACAUGUUCUUCUGCUCCUGGGUCAGAUCAGUGUCAUUUUCCCUUAUUUCUGCUCAUGCUGGACAGAACGAUCCAAAAUGUGGGGUUUGGCUAUUACUACGUAACUCUGUGUUGAGCUAUUUGUAAUAGCUCCUGUGGUAACUUAUGUAUGUGCUGUUUCUGUCUUCUGGAUUUUAUUGCCUUUUGUUCUGGCAUAACAUCCAUAUUUUUGUUUACAUCAUUUUUAAAAUAUCAGUAACUAUAAUAAUAUAAAGUGAAGUUGUGUUGUGGACAAGACCCCUCGUUUUUAUGGUCAUCUGUCAUAUAAUUUAAGUGCACCCGUUCCCCGUGUAUAAAGUUAUCUUUCUCUCAAUAAACAGUGCAGAAAGUA